AUGGUCAAGUAUAAUCAUGGAUUUCCAAUUGCAUAUGCCCUUAUGGAAAAUAAAUCCGAAUUGGCCUAUGUAUCGGUUUUAGGAGAAAUACGAAGAAUCCUUCCGGAAUUGGAAAUUACGUCAGCAAUGUCUGAUUUUGAAGUAGCAUUGCAAAAUUCAGUGUUGUACCAUUUUCCAAAUUCCCAAGUUCGAAGAUGCUACUUUCAUUUCGUGAAGGCUAUUUACCUUAAAGGAAUGAAACUUGGUUUAAGAAGAUAUUUCAUGCAGAAUGACGAAGGAAAGCACACACUGCGUCAGAUAAUGGCUCUAGCUCUUCUGCCAUAUGAAGAAAUUAAUCCAACAUAUAAUGAAUUAAAAAAUUCGAAAAGCGCCGCAUGUCGACGUAGACUAAGGGAAUUCUUUAAUUACUUCGAAAGACAAUGGCUUAGAAGAGUUAGACCAGAAGGAUUUAGCGUGUACGGUUUUCAAGAUCGAACAAAUAACGUCCUUGAAUCGUACCAUAAAACAUUGUUGACAGUUUUCGGUAAAAAACCUAGCAUUUGGAAUUUUACAAAAAAACUAGGAGAAUUCCAACAGGGAUUAUUGUUAGACUUUGCGUCUUUGUCGAAAGGCAAUAGGGUUACUAGACCGCAAAAGAAAAUAAUCCUUAUGAGGAACGAAUAUAUAAUUCAUCAAUGGCGAAAUCUGCAACAGGACAACAGACCAACUGCACUAGAAUUCCUCGAGAAUAUAAUCAAUUUUAAUACAGAUCCAUUCAAUGAAUAUGUGGCAAUAUUCGAAUUAUAAAAACCAGGGUGGCCAUUUUUUUCAUAAAAAAAAUUCACAAUUUUUUCCCGGCUAUAUUUUGGCUAGUUUUUUAAGGGCUUUUUAUAAGCGGUUUAAACAAUUUUAUAAAUAGUAUAUUUACUAUAUUUGUGAGUGUCAUUAUUGUCUAUAAAAAUCCGACCGAAUCUAUUAUCAGCUUACA